AUGGCUGUGAACAUCCCAGGUUUGGCUGCCGUUAUAGUCUUUUACAUCAUUAUCCUGGCCACUGGUAUUUGGGCAUCACGGAAGUCCAAAAGAGAAGAGGAAAAAUGCACGGGAGAGAAGAGUGAAGUAUCCAUUGUCGGAGGAAGGAAUCUCAGUGUCUGGGUGGGCAUUUUCACCAUGACAGCUACUUGGGUGGGUGGAGGCUACAUCCUGGGCACUGCAGAGGUGGUUUACUCUCCCACACAGGGCAUGGCCUGGGCCAUUGCUCCUGUGGGCUAUGCACUCAGCCUUUUCUGUGGUGGGCUUUUUUUUGCCAAGCCAAUGAGACAGAAGAAUUUUGUUACUGUUAUGGAUCCUUUUCAGAUUCGAUAUGGUGGAGCAGUGACCAGUGCCAUUUUCAUCUUCACUAUGUUGGCUGAAGUGUUUUGGAUGGCCUGCAUUCUCUCAGCUCUAGGAGGAACAAUGAAAGUCAUCCUAGAUAUCCAGUCCUACCAGUCCAUCCUUAUUUCAGCAGCAGUUGCUAUAUUGUACACAUUGCUGGGCGGCAUGUAUUCCGUGGCCUACACCGACAUCAUCCAGCUCGGCUUCAUCACAGUCAGCCUGUGGCUUUGCAUUCCAUUUCUUCUGAUCAAUCCAUCCACAAUGGAUAUCCGUCUGACAGCUGUCAAUGAGGUCUACCAGGGACCCUGGCUUGGAACAAUAGACUCCCAAACAGUCUGGAGAUGGCUGGAUGACAUGUUUCUGGUGAUCCUGGCAGGUGUUUGCUUUCAGUCCUACUACCAGCGAGUACUGUCUGCUGCAUCACCCAUUCAGGCACAGGUCACAUGUUAUGCCGCAGCCAUUUUCUGCUUCUUUUUGGGAAUUCCAUCAAUUCUUUUUGGAGCAGCAGCUGCAUCUACAGAUUGGAACCAGACAAGCUAUGGGUUGCCAACUCCCUAUGAGAAGGGGGAGGCUGGCAGUAUUCUGCCUAUUGCCCUUCAUAAUCUUUGUCCUAUGUACAUCUCCAUUGCUGGAAUCGGGGCAGUUGCUGGGGCUGUCAUGUCAUCCAUGGACUCUGCCUUGCUUUCCUGUACCUCCAUGUUUACCCAUAACAUCUAUAAGAGAAUCUUAAGAAAUAAGGCAUCAGACAGAGAGCUGCAGUUCAUCAUCAGAUUAGGAGUUCUAGUGUUUGGUGUGAUCGGCACAGGUCUUGCAAUGUCAGCCAGCUCAGUGUAUGGACUGUGGCUAAUUAGUGGAGAGAUGAUGUAUACAGCUGUCUUCCCGCAGCUGGUGUGCACCCUCUUCAUUCCGGGCUCCAAUGGGUAUGGCGCCAUAGCCGGACUGCUAGGAGGCACCACACUGAGGGUGCUGAGUGGGGAACCUUUUUUCCACAUUUCUCCUGUUAUUCACUUCCCAGGCUGCAAAUUGAUAGAUGGCACCUAUGUGCAAUUCUUCCCAUUCAAAACAUUUUCCAUGGUUGUUUCUCUGCUGAUUAUUGUGGCUGUCUCCUAUCUCGCCACACUGUUCUUCAACUGGGGUCUUCUGCCUGAAAGCUGGGACAUUUACAACGUGAAAGAUACGAGCAGCAGCAAUCAAAAUGAGAUUAAAAUGAAAGAGAAAGCAAAUGGACAUUUGGAAAAUAAAUCUAGUAAAUGCACAAAUAUGGCUUUUUCCCUGAAACUCUGCCUCUUAGACCAGCAUCCUGAAGUCCUCAUUUCUCUGUUGCAGACAACACUAGUAUUUGAAGCGUAUUUAAGGAACAAGAUAACUGAGGACCUGUAA